AUGGUUGCCAACUUUCGCACCUACGAGGGCCAGCUUCGCCUUCUCACCGCGGUCAUCGCGGCGCACCCUGAGCUGAAGCUCAAUUACAAGGAAUUGGCCAAACACUUUGGCUCGGACUGGAGCGAGUCCGGCGUUGAGCACUUCUUCCGCCCAAUCAAGAAGAAUGCGAAGGAAAUCCAGGGUUUGGUCCGCCGUGGCGAGGACGCCGCCAACUACGACCACAAACUGAUUCACAAGUACUUUGGAGACUCGACUCCCGACGGGAUCCAGUUCCAGUUCCGAGCCAUCAAGAAGGAUGCUGAGAACUUGAAACAGGCCAGGGGUUCCAGUGGCAGCACUGCUCCGGCCACGCCCUCUUCAUCUGGCCCUAAGACUCCACGGACUGGUGGCUCUCGCAAGAGAGCCGCCCCCUCCACCGGGAAGUCGACCAGUACCAAGAAGCAGAAGGGGAGCUCUGUGAAGUUCUCCGGCAUUCUGAACCCCAGCGUCGCUGACGAUGACGACGACGACAACGACUCUUCUGACAACGAGUUCCCUCCCAUCGAGAUGACCCCUACCAAGAGCGGUAUCCGUAUCAACCACGAGAAGAUGGCUGCGCAUGAGCGUGCCAUGGGCAUCACCUAUCCCAAAGAUACUCCGGCCCUGGAUCCCACUCAGACCAUCACUAGUGAUGAUGAGGAUGAGGUUCGGAUCUUGACUCCUGCCGAUGCUCGUACCUCUUUCCCCUCGAAGAAGCCUGAUGCCCAGGCUAUGGCCGUUGAUGGCAAGGACGCCUCGCAGACUUCAGACCACGACUCUUCCGGCCUCUUUAGUGCGUACACUACGGAGCCUACCGCGCAGGAAUUUGCCAAUUAUGACGAUGAGUGCUGA